AUGUCGGUAGGUCCAUCAGUCCACAAGCUGCCCUCACCUCUUCGCGAUCUAGUGGCUCAGGCUACGUCCGACGGCAGCACAGACUUCGGGAAGUCCGAAAAGGAUAAGACUGAGGUAGCGGAGUGGAUUGAGAAGAUCUCGCAGGGCGAUAUUGUCAAGCCGCAGAACCUGAAGGAUCUGGAGGCCCAGCUGACGCCCCGCACCUACGCUGUCAGUAAUUACCCGACGGCAGCAGAUACUGCAUUGUAUGGCACUCUUCACCCCAUCUUCUCCCAGUUGCAACCUGCACAAUACUACACGUACCCUGCCUUGACACGCUACUUCGACCAUAUUCAAUCGCGUCCUGAAGUCCGCAAAUCUGCCCUAAGUCUUGCGCCAGCAUUCUCCACUGUCACAUUUGACCUCGAAAACGCACCAACAAUCGAGCGUAAAGCGGACCCACCGAAAAAGAAAGAAAAGGCUCCCGCCGCCAACGCUGUCGCUGAGACGUCGUCAGCCCCCGCUGCUGGCAAGGGGAAGAAGGGCAAGGAUGCGCCAGCAGUAGUGGAGAACAGCGCGGAGGCAUCCAAGGCCGAGGCGAAGGCACCCAAGAAGGAGAAGAAAGAGAAGGAGAAGAAGACACCCGAGGCAGCAGAGGGCGGAAAGAAGAAGGCUGCCAGCGGUGGUGGCAAGGCAGCUGCGGUGGAUGAAGGAGCUGGGGAGCCUGUUCCAUCCAUGAUAGACCUGCGCGUCGGCCAUAUUGUCCACAUUGAGAAACACCCAGAUGCGGAUGGUCUCUAUGUCGAGCAAAUCGACUUCGGUGAGGAGACAGGCCCACGAACAGUCGUCUCAGGACUGGUGCACUAUAUUCCCAUCGAGGAGAUGCGGGAUAAAUACCUUGUGGGCGUUUGCAAUCUGAAGCCGGCAAAUAUGCGUGGAGUGAAGAGUUUCGCCAUGGUCUUAUGCGCCACCUCUAAAGAUGGCAAGGAGGGCGGUAUCGAACUGAUUCAGCCUCCGCUGAACUCAAAACCUGGUGAACGAGUGUACUUCGAUGGUCCUGACUUUGAGAAUGCCACACCACUUUCUCAACUAAACCCAAAGAAGAAAAUCUUCGAAACCAUCCAGCCCGGAUUUAUAACGCUUGAGACGAAAGAAGCAGCAUGGGUCAACCCUACGACCAAGAGUGUCUACAAGAUUCGUACAAAGGAUGGCGUGUGCCUUGCUCCGACGCUCGUUGGUGCAUCGUUGUCAUAG